AUGCGCCACUCAUGGCCCAUUUCGGGAGGUCUUGGAAGGGAAUGCGCAACCGGUCAUCAAGAAUUAGUCAUUACUGGGCACAAAGAUGGAACAGUGAGAUUUUGGCAGGAAACGGGUGAACAUCUACAAAUUUUGUAUCGGCUCAAAACUGCAUCUCAUUUUGAGCGACUUGAAGAAAUGGAGGGAUGCGAUAAAGUGUCACAUGCUGUUAAGGAUAUUGAAUUAUGUCUUGAGUCUCGGCAACUUCUUGUCGCAGGAAUGUGUGGCCAGGUCACUCUAUUCCGUUUCGUGAAAACUGAAAGCAUGAAUACAAUCGCCGUUGUGAAUAUUCCACUACUGGGCAACCCGUCAACGUCGACAGCGGAAUUCGAGAAGCCGCCACUUGCGAAUGGGCCAGGUGGAAAAGAAAUGCGACGACAACGGAAGAUUGUUUCUCGUGAGUCUACGAACUCAUUGGAUACGAGCGAUUCCGGUGAAGAGAGAAUUGUGCCAUUCAAAGUUCGCGGAGCUCCCGUCAAACGGCCGCCCGGACUUCAACCAGAACUCGCCUGUUUCGUUCCUUGGCCUACAAUAAAUAAAGUGGAUCAUGUGACUUCGAUUGCGCUCAAUUCGCUUUAUGGUGUUCUAGCCAUAGGGACAGCAUCGGGUCUCGCUCUCGUUGAUACAACACAAUGUGCCUUGAUAUAUGCAUGGACUACUAGUGAAUUAUAUGGAUCAGAGCCGACACCAGCUAUUCAGUUGAGUAUGCAAAAUAGCGAAGGAGCAAGUCCAUUGGAGUCCGACGAGGUGUUCAAUGAGGACGUGCUCGUCUACAAUGUCGCAACCGGUCAGUACAAUAUGCAGCAUCGCGAGAAUGGCUUUUUGCACACUGGCGAGCAGCCAUUAAGGCCGAAAUCGGCGAAUUCGUCGAGCAAACCGAGCGGAGUGAUGGGAAUUUUGCGGCGAAACACCGCUGAAUUGGCUGCGACAAUUCGCGACAAAUACCAGAAUCGCGAUCGGAAUGAUUCGACUGAUCGGCCUGACGCGGAACGAACCGUAACCCCGCCACCAACGCCUAGCGAAUCGAUUACAAAAUCAGGAAGGAGUCAUUCCGUUAAAGGAAGUUUCAUGCGAAGAUUCGCUAAGGCAUCGACGAAGGAGAAACGAGCUACGACGCCGACUGUGGAGAGGUCGAAGAGUUUUCACUCGCAUAUUUCUGAAGAAGUCGCCGGUUACACUCGAUGCGCCAAAACGAAUAAACAACGAAUUGAAGCAACGGUCGUUCGACGCACGUCGACCGCAAUUGUUCAAAACGCAAUCGGUGGAGAAUCGACAGCUCCUUCGCCAUCGUUGACACGUCAAGCGAAUGCGUCACCAUCGACGUCGGUGCAUUCGCUGGAUCGAUCAUUGUCGUCGCAACCGCAGGAAGCGAUCACAUCGCUCAAGUUCAUUCAUUCGCAUUCCAAACGAAAUGAUCAAAAAAUGGCGCCAUGCUUAUGGGUAGGAACAUCAGCUGGAGCUUGUUUGGCGUUGAAUCUGAUUCUUCCUGAAGAUCGAUUCACGUCAACUGUAGUCGUCGCACCGUCAGGCACUGUUGUUAAAACGAAAGGACAAGUCUUGUAUCAGGGUUUCAUGGAUUCCCAGUUUUGUUUGAUGAGUGCCGCCGCCGAGUCGUAUAAGGAUUCGAAUAGAGAAUCUUCGGCGACGAGUCCGGAACGAACUCUCAAUAAUCGAAUUUUGACAAAAUCUAGUUUGGCUCCACAUUACUCAAACUCUGUUGAUGUAAAUGAAGAAAUUUCGCAAAUUUUGAUAGUUGCUGCUGAAAUGGAGGUCAAAGUGAUCGCGCUUCCGACAUUCAGUCAGUUGUUCGUUCACAAAUGCGAUGAUAUUCCUCUGGUUAAGGUCAAUGCAACUCAUAUUCGAGGUCAUCCUGUUCUGAUGUGUAUAUCCGCAGCCGGCCAGAUGGUGCUUUUGUCGCUUCCAAGUCUACGACUUCUUCACACUUCACCACUUUUCCCACAUUCUGUCGAAAUCGAAGAUGCAAUCUGCCAGAAAACGUCGUUCUCUGAUCAUGGUCUUGGGGUCUACAUGGCGAGCCCAAGUGAGAUGGAAAAGUACACAGUGUGUGCGGAGCUCGCCGAGCAGACGAGCGACUCGUUGGGCGAGCUGUUUGUGCCGUGUGAAAUGCCAGAACCACCGAAAAACACGUCGUUCUUGAAGGGAGUCUCGUCGAUUUUCAGCGCCACACCUCGACAGGAUUCUGCGGAUCUUGACAGGAUUUUGAGUGACAACAGCAAGGAUCCGAAAGCCGCUGGAGCGCCGACAACUAUGCGAAGUAUUGGCCGAACGAUUCCGGGGCCUUCGAUGUCAAUGGAUAGAGCUCAUGCUGGUGGAGUUUCAGCUGGACAAGCAGCAGCUAUGGCUAUUCAGAAUUUGAACGAACGAACUGAAAAAUUGAAUGCGACUGUCGACGCAACGGAAAAUUUGAAAAAUAACGCGAUGAGCUUGUCUUCCCGAACCGGAAAACUCGUCGAAAAGUAUGAGAAGAAGAAAUGGUACAACUUUUAG